CUCUCUCCCAAAUAUAUAUAUAUAUAUAUAUACCCACACACAAAACUUGUUCACUCACACACUUAUUUUUUUGUUACUUCUCUCUCCCAUUAUAACUGCUCUUGCUUCAGAAUUUAAAAUGGAAGAGUUUGUUAUGGAAGAAAAACUGAUUGGUUAUUCUAACAAAGAUGCAACUCAUGUUGUCAAAGGAAAACGCACAAAGAGGUUAAGACUUUUAUCUCCUUGCGGUGUUGUUUCUACUCCAUCGAGUUGUUCGAGUGGUGAGAGCAAUACUGAUGGUGAGGAUGAUGAAGAAGACAUGGCUAAUUGUUUGAUUCUCCUUGCUCAAGGAGGAAAUCACAAGCAACAUGGUGGUGGUGAUGGUAAUGAUGGUGAUGAUGACAAAAGGGAAAAGGGUAGUAAUGGAAAUAAAAAAAUUGGUGAGAUUGUAACUGCUACUUUAAGUAACACAAAAGCUGGUUUGUAUAUUUAUGAAUGCAAAACAUGUAACAGAACUUUUCCUUCUUUUCAAGCCUUGGGUGGUCACAGGGCAAGUCACAAAAAGCCUAAACUUAUGGCUGAGAUGAAAAAACCACCGCUAUCGCCGCUGUCACAACCGCAAACUUCAUCACAAGAUUCGCGAUCAGUUAAAUUACUGAUUGCGAACUGUGAUGAGUUUGAAGUAGUAGCUGAGAAGCCUCGUGGGCCAACUAUUUCUUUUCAAAUGGGGAAUCAAAGUUUGAAAGUUAUUAAUGGAAACAAAGCAAAGAUUCAUGAGUGUUCCAUUUGUGGAUCAGAAUUCACAUCUGGACAAGCAUUGGGUGGACAUAUGAGAAGACAUAGGACAUCUCCGGCGAACGCUGCUGCUGUCGCGGUGGUUGACGGAGGAGUUCGGCCACGGAGUAUUUUACAAUUGGAUCUUAACCUUCCGGCACCGGAAGAGGAUAUCCGGGAAGCAAAGUUUCAGUUUCCGACACAAAAAUCUAUGGUGAUGUCUGCUGCUCCGGCUUUGGUGGAUUGUCAUUAUUAGACAAUGGUGGAAUUAAUUGAAAGAAAAGUUUUAUUUUAUUUUCUAUUAAUGAUUUAUCAAUGUGAAUUAUUAUAGAAAUAUUUUAAUUUACAAUUAUUCAUAAUUAUCCAAUAUUCCUUGGAUUAUUCUUUGGUUUUAUUAAUAUUUUAUAUUUUGAUAUAUAUGAUUUUCAAAAUUGUUCAAGUUGGUAUA